AUGAAUGCUCCGCGCUAUCCGAAGUGUGUAAGCGGAUUGCUGGGAAAGUUAAAAUGCGCUCUUAGUGGUGUCUAUGAAUUUCUGCUUGACGAAGAUCUCCGGAUCUCCCACUGGCAAGAGAUACGCUCUCUUGUCGGAAUGGUUCAAGUCGAGCGGGCUAUGUUCGGAGCUAUAAUAGUAACCAUCACUCGCCUUAAAGCUAACGCCCGCGUAUUCAAGCAGGUCGCUGGCAAAGACAGGAUGUGUUCUUUGGUCCUGUUCCUUGACCACGAUAUCCUUGCAGGGACAAGAUACGUCCCAAUAGCCAACGGUAUCCACUCUGGAUCGUACGCCGCUAAGUAG